AUGGAAGACUUCAUCCAAGUUCUGUCGUUGGAUUUCGGCGCUCUUCGAGAUGAAAAUAUGAGGCUCAAGGUGGCGUUAGCCGAUGCCCACAAGAGCAUUCGACUGUCACAAUUGACCGAGGACGAAGACUAUGAAAGUGACAUUCCGUCCAGUGAAGAUCGAUUUCGACCCUCGCCAAUUGGAGACGUUAACUACCGUGAAAUGGCACAAACUAUCAAGGACGAUGGUCAUCUAAAGAAACUGAAACGGCUUGCAGAUGACCUGAAAAGGGAAAAGGACGAGUUACGCCAAUUGGCCAUGGACACUAAAGAAGCCUUCUCGGUCUGUAUGGGAGAGGUGCGACUAAUGCUUGAA